GAAAUGGAGCUCGCCUCUCUCUGAGAUGUCACCACAAAGGUAAGACACGAUACAGAGAAGGGUAUUGUUUUAAAUUAAUGUACGUAAAAUGAAUCAGAAAGAGAUUAUUAUUAUCAGUCAAUUAAUUAUUAUUAUCAGUCAAUUAAUUAGUGGCACUUUAAUGCAAGUAAAGUUGUAUGGUGUGGUGCCGGACAAAAAUAUAUUGUUAUUAUCAUCCAAUUCGAUGUAUUAAAUAACUGCACUUUACUUUAACCCUAUUCUCAACCAGCUGGUAGAGCAUGUUUGACAAUUACUUAUUUUCUGGGGACAAAAUAUCUUCACUUGAACUUGAUUGGUCAACUACCCCAGCCCUCCUGCUCAAUUUACAUAAUUUGUAUCCUUUUUGGUUGCUGCAGUUCAGUGUUGUGGCACUCUAACUUUGCCCACUAAGAUGGCUGUAAGAAAACUCAAAAUCAGUCACCAAAGGUAUGGGAUAAACGGCAGGAUUUAAUUUGUUGAGAGAUUUAUAUUGCGAUAUUCCUGUUAUUAGAGACCUUGAAGAGUAUGAAUAUGAAAAUAAAUAGUUAAAAUGUAAAAAAUAUAAAAAGCAAUACUUUAAAAAUUAAAUGUGCUCAACCAGGCGAUUGAUAUGUCAGUAGAAACGUAUGGUGGAAUAAGAAUAGGGUACAUUUAUUUUGAUGAAUAAUAUGAAUGAAUUGGCAACAUAAAUAGGUUAAACCACAUUUUAUGACCCAUUGGGUCAAUUAAUCAAUAUUGAGACUUAAAGGGGUACUCCACUCAAACUAUCUUUUAGAUUUAAAAAGAAAUGUCCACUUGUUGAUACAGUCGCAAAAUAUUUUGCAUGUUAGCAGUCAAGUUUUCAAGAUAUUGGAUUUUCAAGAAUCAUAGUGUAAAAAAAAAAAACGAUCGGAAGUUCUUAUUUGAGUUUUUAGUCAUAGGAAUUUAAGGUUAAAUAUGUUUUAAACAAGAGACAGUUAAAGGGUUUUAAGCAAUCAACUGUCUUGUUACGAUGCUGGUCAAUCUAGUCACUAGAAUGUUUAUAAUACUGUGAUAGAGAGACAUAUCUGCAACAUUUAUUGACUAUAUUUUCUUUACUUUUCCAAUUGUACCAGCUACUGGACUCUUCAUUUACCACACAGUCCCGUAGGUGAAGUUCGCCAGUUCUGUAACCCUACAGAAGCUCUGUCAGUAACUUUAGACCUAGCCGCCUGCAUACUGUAUGUACAUUAGGAUACUUCCAAAUUAACCAACUUGUUGUUCUUGAGGGCAUAUUGACUUUACAUCUCUGCAUGAGGCUGUGCUAAGUCUGUGAACUACUCCUGGUAUUUGCACUGCACAUGUUUAUCCCCUCCCACUGGACCAAGAGGCUAUCUUGUCUCUCUGGAAGUCAACAAAUUAAUUCAGGUGUCUGCAUAAGGCCAGCCACCACAGUAUACUACACACUAUAACCCUGCACUUCAUCAUACAAUAUUGUCCACUGGGCUAAGGAGCUAGCUUGUCCUCCAUAGGUUCAACAAUUUACUUCAGUUCUAAGGUUUAAACUGACACUGUGAACAACCCCCACUACGGUACAUACUAUCCACUAUGCCCACGGUGCCGGUGCCUCGUCCAGCCUACUCCCAGGCCAGAGAGAAUCUGGUGAAGGCCAUCCCACCCAAGAUCAUUUGCCUACUGGCCUGCGGAGGAUGGGACUGCCGCUAUGAAGGACCAGCCUGCUGGAGGCCCAGCCAACAAGCUGUACAGGGACUCUUCUCACACUGGGUGACUGAUGACAUUGUGGCCAUGGCACGACCCUCCUCUCACCUCAUCAAGAAAUACAACAUCAUAGAGCAGUUCCAACGGCUGAACAUCAAGUCCAUCAUCAACAUGCAGUUGCCUGGGGAGCAUGCUCACUGUGGCCCUCCACUGGAGCCAGACACUGGAUUCACUUAUUCCCCACAAACCUUCAUGGAGAAUAAUAUCUUCUUCUUCAACUUUGGCAUGCCGGACUUCGGUGUGUCGUCUCUCGUGGGGAUGAUGGAUGGAGUAAAGGUGUUAGCCUUCGCUGUGAAAGAAGGGAAGGUGGCGGUGCACUGUCACGCAGGCUUGGGGAGGACAGGUGUCCUGAUAGCCUGCUACCUGGUCUACACUCUGCGUGUGAGCCCCAGUGAGGCUGUCCACUACGUGCGUAUCAAACGCCCCUGUUCCAUCCAGACCAGGGACCAGAUCAGCCUGGUGUUUGACUUUGCUCGUCUUCUGGGCCCUCAGCUGGCCCAGUACCCUGACCUCAGCCUGCGCCACGGGGCCCAGUUCACCCUGCUGCAGUACCUGCACCGUCAGGCCCUCCUCCUCCAUGGCCAGGAGGCCCGCACCCUCAGGCACACUCCCAAGGUGAUGUACCUGCUGUGUGGCCGUCUUACUGCCCUGGCCUUGGGCCUGCCUGCCUCUCCGGAGGUGCAUGCUGAGCUGGAGAGAAGGGCAGAACUGCGGGCCCUGGGCAGGGCUGUGAGGGAGACCCUGGUGGCCAAGCAGUACCUGCCCCUGCACCGUGAGGUCCAUUGGGGUUCCUGGGGAGGGUCAGGGUCUGUGUCCUCCUGGGAUGAACCAGAGGGGUUUCUGGAGAGGAAGAGACAGGUACUGCUGGAUAAACGCAGCUACAGUGACUCAGACCUCAGCAAGAUCACUGUAAAACAGGAUCUUGAGUUGGGCUCAUACUGUACUGUACUAGAUAGGAGUAAGAGAGACUGGUCUGGGUUAGAGCAGAUUAGACCUGACGUGAGACCUAUGAGUCCAGUCCUGCCCACGCCUACAGUUGGCCUCUGUUCCAGUCCUGAGGACUCACAAAGACUCAACCUCCCAGCAGGCAGUGGGGCAACCAACAGUAACUGUUCUUCGAAGAGUUUAAAGUGCACUGCCAAGAGGGCGCCAGCGUUUCACAAAUUCAACUCUUACAUUGAGGUACGUAAAAACCAGCGUAAGUCCGGACAGGCCUCAGUGGCUCGGGCAGUUGCCAAGGAGAUGGCAGAUCUAAAUCCCCCUGGUGAGACUGUUCUACAGAGGACAGCACUGCUACAGGAGGAGCUGAACAGCAGUGAGUGUGCCUGGGCCCUACUGGUCACAGAGUCUGAUCCGCACGUACUCAGCUGUCUAUUGUGGACCUGGCUGGAGAAACUCAAGGAGCCUGUUCUGAGUGCAGAUGACGUAGAGAGGUUGACCUCAGUAUCUCAACACGUGAACCAUCUCAGUGUGCUAACGAAGCCCCAGCGCCACACCAUGUCCUGUUUGCUGGGUUGUGUGGGUCAGGUGACCAGUCUGUGUCCUCAGAGAGAGGAGGCCGUGCUACGACGCCUGAUACAAGCACUCACCAGGCACCCUCAGGAGGAGAUGGAGAGCUAUAAAGUCCUGAUGAGAAUCCUCAAGUCCAGCAUCAGACAAACACUCCAUAACCAUAACUCUCUCACACAGACCUCAGACUACACAAACACUUGCUCAAGAAGAGGAAACAAUUGAUUGAUUGGUUGAUGGGUUAGUUGGUUGUACAAACUUAACUUUAUAACCCUUUGUAUGAAGGGUCAAAGAUUUGUUCAAUUUCUAGUGUUUUCUUUUCUAUGACUAGGUGCAGUAAGCUCUUUACUGUUUUAGUGGUGCUUGGAUGGGUGUAGAUUUUAUGAAGCAUGGCCAUGAUCCUGAUAUUGGAGUAUAUUCUCUCUGCACAUUACACAAUACAAAUAUUUGUACCAUUGACCUCAUCCCAGCGUGUAUUAUUGUUAAAAUCUUAUGUACACACUGAACAAAAAUAUAAAUGCAACAUGUAAAGUGUUGGUCUCAUAUUUCAUGAGCUGAAAUA